UGCACCUCGUUGCUUUGCAUAGGGCAGCGGCGACGGCGGGGCUCGGAGCUGUAGCGCGCAGCCCUAGAAGGAAAAAGGAGCCGACGGCUGCGGCAGCGGCUGGUGGGGAGCAGGAGUGGGAGCGGGGCAGGGCAGGGCAGGGCAGGCAUGGCUGGCCGGCCCUAGGCAGGGCAGCAGCGGCGAUGGCAGAGUCCGAGCCCCGGGCGCCUGCCCUGCGCGCCUGAGCGGAGCCCGGCCGGGGAGGAGCCGCCGCUUGUCCAUGGAGCCGCCGGCGGCGGGGAAGGACGCGGGGCGCUGAGCAGCGCAGAGCGGAGCGACCCGACCCGCUGCCGCCGCCCUCGAGGGACCCGAGCCGGCCGGGGCCGGGGGACGACGACGAUCGCGAUGCGGUGCCUGGCUGUGCUCGGCUUCCUCGCCUGGGGCGGCUUCGGCAGCUCGGCCGGGCCCAGCGGAGGAGCCUCCCCCGCGCCUUGCCCGGCGCCCUGCAGCUGCGAUGGGGACGGAGGAGUGGAUUGCUCCGGCCGCGGGCUGCCCGCCGUGCCCGACGGACUCAGCGCCUUCACCCACGCCCUGGAUAUCAGUAUGAAUAAUAUCACAAAGCUGCCAGAGGAUGCAUUUAAGAAUUUUCCAUAUCUCGAAGAGCUACGACUGGCUGGCAAUGACCUUUCUUUUAUCCAUCCAAAGGCCUUGUCUGGGUUGAAAGAACUCAAAGUUCUCACCCUUCAGAACAAUCAGCUGAAGACUGUACCUAAUGAGGCCAUUAGAGGACUAAGUGGUUUACAAUCCUUGCGUUUAGAUGCUAAUCAUAUUACCACAGUCCCAGAAGACAGUUUUGAGGGGCUAGUGCAGCUACGUCAUCUAUGGUUGGAUGACAACAGCUUGACAGAAGUGCCCAUUCGUCCACUCAGCAAUCUCCCCUCUCUGCAAGCGUUAACUCUGGCCCUCAACAAAAUAAUGCACAUCCCUGACUUCGCAUUUACAAACCUUUCAAGCCUGGUUGUUCUGCAUCUUCAUAACAAUAAAAUAAAAACGAUAGGAAAACACUGUUUUGAUGGAUUAGACAACCUAGAAACAUUGGAUUUAAAUUAUAACAACAUGGUAGAGUUCCCUGAAGCUAUCAAAGCACUUCCAAGCCUAAAGGAAUUAGGAUUUCACAGUAAUUACAUUUCCAUAAUCCCUGAUGGUGCAUUUGUGGGAAACCCCUUGCUUAGAACAAUACAUUUGUAUGACAAUCCUUUGUCCUUUGUGGGGAACUCAGCAUUUCAGAAUUUAUCAGAUCUGCAUUCUUUGGUCAUUCGGGGUGCCAGCAUGGUACAGUGGUUUCCAAAUUUGACAGGAACCAUUAAUCUGGAGAGCUUGACCCUUACAGGCACCAAGAUAAGCAGUAUUCCUGUUAAUCUUUGCCAAGAGCAAAAGCUGUUACGAACUCUGGACUUGUCUUACAAUAAUAUAAAGGAGGUUGCGAAUUUUAAGGGCUGCAGUUCUUUGGAAGAAAUUUCCUUACAGCAUAAUCAGAUCUUUGAAAUCAGGGAAGACACCUUCCAGGGACUAACUUCCCUCCGCAUACUUGAUCUCAGUAAAAAUCGCAUCCAUCAGGUUCACAAGGAGGCAUUUACUACACUGGGUGCUCUAACUAACCUAGACCUCAGUUUCAAUGAGCUGAUUUCCAUCCCGACUGAAGGCCUGAAUGGAUUAAAUCAACUUAAGCUUGCAGGCAAUUUUGAACUGAAAGAAGCACUGGCAGCAAAGGAAUUUGCAAAGCUCCGGUCCCUUUCUGUUCCAUAUGCAUACCAAUGCUGUGCAUUUUGGGGUUGUGACUCUUAUUUGAACUCUAACACAGAAGAAUCCAGCCACCAAGACCAAAGUGCAGCAAUAGAUCAUGAUAGAGGCACAGCAGAUGCAGAUGUUCUAAGGAAUGGUGAAAAUGAAGAACUGGGUCAGACGAUUAUUCACUGUACGCCCACAACAGGUGCUUUUAAGCCCUGUGAAUAUUUACUGGGAAGCUGGAUGAUUCGACUUACUGUCUGGUUUAUUUUUUUGGUUGCUAUGUUCUUCAACCUGCUUGUCAUUUUAACUGUAUUUGCAUCAUGUACUCCAUUACCAUCCUCCAAAUUGUUUAUAGGCCUGAUUUCUGUUUCUAACUUGUUUAUGGGAGUCUAUACUGGUAUUUUAACUUUCCUGGAUGCAGUCUCUUGGGGAAGAUUUGCUGAAUUUGGCAUAUUAUGGGAGACUGGCAGUGGUUGUAAAGUUGCUGGGUUUCUUGCAGUGUUUUCAUCAGAAAGUGCCAUUUUCUUCCUGAUGCUGGCAGCUGUCGAACGAAGCUUCUCUGCAAAGGAGAUCAUUAAAAAGGGGAAAAGCAAUCGCUUAAAACAAUUUCAGGUUGCUGCAGUUUUUGCUUUCCUGUGUGCAACAGUAGCAGGUUGCUUGCCUCUUUUUCAUAAAGGGGAAUAUUCAGCAUCACCCCUCUGCUUACCCUUCCCAACUGGAGAAACACCAUCAUUAGGGUUUACAGUAACUUUAGUGCUUCUAAACUCAUUAGCAUUUUUGCUAAUGGCUAUUAUCUACACUAAACUGUAUUGCAACUUAGAAAAAGAGGACCUCUCAGAAAAUUCACAAUCUAGCAUGAUUAAGCAUGUUGCUUGGCUAAUCUUCACCAACUGCAUCUUUUUCUGCCCUGUUGCAUUUUUCUCAUUUGCGCCGUUGAUCACUGCAAUCUCUAUCAGUCCUGAAAUAAUGAAGUCUGUUACUCUAAUAUUUUUCCCAUUGCCUGCUUGUCUGAAUCCAGUCCUGUAUGUUUUCUUCAAUCCAAAGUUCAAGGAAGACUGGAAGUUACUUAGGCGCCACAUGACGAAGAAGAAUGGUGCAGUAGCAAUUGCAGUCAAUACUCAAGGUGGCUGCAUGACACAGGAUUUCUACUAUGACUGUGGCAUGUAUACACAUUUGCAGGGUCACCUUGCCAUGUGUGAAUGUUGCGAAUCACUUCUUUUAUCCAAGCCUGUGUCAUGUAAACACUUAAUAAAAUCACACAGUUGCCCUACACUGGCAGUGGUACCGUGCCAAAGGCCAGAUGGCUAUUGGUCAGACUGUGGCACCCAGUCUGCCCAUUCUGAUUACGCAGAUGAGGAUGACUCUUUUGUGUCGGACAGUUCAGACCAAGUGCAGGCCUGUGGUCGUGCAUGUUUCUAUCAAAGCAGAGGAUUCCCUUUGGUUCGUUAUGCGUACAAUAUACCAAGAAUUAAAGACUGAAAGGCUUUGCUGCAGGCUUUUCUCAAAAAAGAAAAAAGUACAAUGCUUCAUAGACCAUUUACCUGUUCUUUCAACCAGGAAGCACUUUUGUAAUCAUUGUGUGGUGUAACUUGUAAAGAAGGGAAGUGGGCAGUUUGUUUCUUGAGCCAUACAUUUAAAAAAAAAUGUUGCCCUGAUUGUAAAUAAUUGGUAAGCCAAAAUUUGUAAUCCAGUAUUUUUAUUCUUUCCAAGCAAUAGUGGCUUCUUUUAUACCGUUUUUAUGUGCUAAAGGUCUAUUUCCAUGUUGUACUCCAAUUGUAUUUUGCUUUUACUGCUGCGAGGUAAGCUCUGUCAAUUUUUCCUGUUAAGCACAAUAUAAAGGACAGCUGUUAAUAUUAAGAAAUUAUUUUUAAAAUGUGAUUUUUCUAUAAUUAAGAGAAAAAAAUCUGUUGCUAGCUUUGUAUAGGAUAUUCAGCAUUAAUCUCAGGAUGACUUACUGCAGGGCCAAAAAGGGACUAAUUCUCCCAUACAGAACUGUGAGAGCAAUACAAGCAUACUAUAUUUAUGUUUUUUAUAUUUCAAGCUAAGAUUUGAUUUUAAUAGGAUAAAAUAUUUUGUUUUAAUAGAAAAUACUUCAACCCUCAAUAUCUAUAGACUGUCUGAAAUGAGAAUAUUAACAGCUGUCAGGAACAGUAGAAUUGAGAGCACACUUUAGGGAUAAUGGACAUUGCUUCAGGUGAAACCACAGUAACUUACUUCAGUGUUUGGUUAAAAAAAAAAAAAAAGUCAGUCUGAGAAUUUUCGUGAACUAGACAGUGUAUAUCAUCACUGCUGUCGGUGUCUGAGGUUAGCUUGUUUAGAGAUGGUAGCUGAAAUAUUUUGCAGCCCUGACCAAUGUUUGCAACAGUGCUUUAACACUCAAUGGUGUUUGUAAGCAUACUGAAAUUUUACUAAAUGGGGUAAUAAUGAAAAGCAGCUUUGCAGUAUAGGAAGUCCUGCAUUUCUGCCAAUUAUUUUACUGAGGGUAAAGCAUACUGUGGAGAGAUGGACUGAUUUGCAUGUAUAUCAGUGAAUUAUUUUUUAAAAUCAUUUGAGAUCUGAGGCCCAAAUGUCAUUAAAUUACAAUCAAUGAUACUAUUGUCCAUGCUUAGUUUGAAAUCUGAUCAACAUAAAAUUAUGAAUGCAUGAUCAAAAUAAAUAUGUGCGUUUCUUUAACGGUAUGAUAAAUCAAUAGCAAAUCCACUGCCAUCCCAGUUACUCUGGAAAUAUUCUUUUUAAGAUUUAAGCUAGAUUGCGGUUUUGAGAAUUAAACUGUACAUACUGUGCAUAGAAUUAAUUUUUAUCUUUGUAUUGUAAAUUAUUUGAUAGAACACAUGAUGGGAAAUGUGGCUUCAGUUCAUUUUGUUAAUUAAAGCUACCUCCUAAACUAUAGUGGCUGCCAGUAGCAGAACGUUUAAAUUGUGGUUUAUAUACUUUUUUGCAUUGUAAAUAGACAUGGUUGUACAUUGUCACUGUAAUAAAAAGAUUCCUUGUAUAUCAAAAUCACGUAGUUUGUACAAAAUAUUGGAGGGUUAUUUACUGUAUGCUGUAAUUUUUGUAAGCCAAAAUAUUCACAAGUAAAAAAAAAGUAAGAAAAACCCAGCUAAACAGAAAUACUCCAGAGUUCUGCAUUUGUACAUAUUUAUAUUGACAAAUGAUACAGCUUAUGCUGGCAGGAGCGUCUCGUUAAAAACAAAUAAAGGGUAUAUGAGUA